AUGUGUAACUAUCCGAAAGCAUUCGAAUAUUAUGAAAAAGCAAUGAAAACAAGAGAAAAAAUUAUGCCUGAGAAUCAUCGCGAUUUGGCUGAAUCCUACAGCGACAUGGGUCAAGUACAUAACGACCUGUGUGACUAUUCGAAAGCUCUUGAAUUUUAUGAAAAAUCACGUAAAAUCUACGAACAAGUUCUGCCUCCAAAUCAUCCUGAUUUGGCUGUAUCCUACAACGACAUUGGUCAAGUGUACAACAACAUGGGUGACUACUUGAAAGCAUUUGAAUUUUAUGAAAAAGACCUAAACAUCACCAAAAAAGUUCUGCCUCCGAAUCAUCCCGAUUUGGGUACUUCCUACAACUUCAUUGGUCAAAUGUAUAACAAAAUGGGUAAUUACUCAAAAGCACUUGAAUCUUACGAAAAAUCACAUGAAAUCUAUGAAAAGAGUCUGCCUCCGAAUCAUCUCAGUUUGGCUGCUUCCUACAUUUGUAUGGGUCUAGUGUACAAGAAUAUGGGACACUACUCAAAAGUACUUGAAUUUUACGAGAAAUCGCAUAAAAUCUAUGAAAAAACUCUACUUUCGAAUCAUCCCGAUUUGGCUACUUCCUAUAAUAACAUUGGUCAAGUGUAUAAUGACAUGGGUGACUACUCAAAAGCACUUGAAUUUUACGAAAAAUCACGUACAAUCUAUGAAAAAACCCUGCCUCCGAAUCAUCCUAAUUUGGCUACUUCCUACAACGAAAUCGGUACGAUAUACUUUACAAUGGGAGACUAUUCAAACGCACUUGAAUUUUUUGAAAAAUCGCAUAAAAUCUAUGAAAAAACUCUACCUUCGAAUUGUCACAAUUUGGCUACCUCCUACAAUAACAUCGCUGCAGUGUAUAACACCAUUGGUGACUACUCGAAAGCACUUGAAAUUUAUGAAGAAUCUCAUAAACUCUACAAAAAUGCUCUGCCUCCAACUCACCCGAAUUUGGCUACUUCUUACAUCUUCAUUGGUCAAGUGUAUAAGAACAUAGGUGAUUAUGCCGCAGCUCUAAAGGCUCUCCAAAGUGCUUUUAACAUUCAGCAAAAAACGUCAGAAGAAGGUAAUCCAGCUUUUGCUUCAAUAUACAGCUGGCUCGGAAGAGUUUAUUAUAGUAUGAAAGAUUAUUCAAAGGCACUUAAUUAUUUCCAAAAAUGCCUUUCAAUUAACCAAAAGACAUUACCUGAAAGGCAUCCUAGUAUUGGUAUAACGUUCAGCAAUAUUGGCAAUGUUUAUCGACAGAUGGAUGAUUAUGAUCAGGCACUUUUGUCUCAUCAAAAAGCAUUAAAUAUUCAAGAAAAUGUGCAAUGUAACCCUCUUGAAGUUGCAACAACAUAUAUAAAUUUAGGUGAAACAUAUCGUGAAAUGAAAGAUUAUCCAACAGCAUUGAUAUAUUAUCAAAAAGGAUUAGAAAUACAUCAAAAGAAACUACCAAAAAAACAUCCUGAUUUAGCUGUAACUUUUCAUAACUUGGCUAAAUUAUAUUUAUCUACUCAACAAUAUGAUAUGGCAAUGAAAAAAGUUCAACAAGCGUUGAAAAUUGCUCAAGAGAAAUUACCUUCAAAUCAUCCUUAUCUUCUAGAAUAUAGGGAAACAUUUAAAAAAAUUCAAGAGAAUGUAAACGUAGAUUUUUUUUGA